UAAUGUAUUGGAGACAUUUUUCGUCUAUAAUGGAAAAUGAAUUGAAUCCCGGACUUGAAGUCCACGCUUCGCAUUUCCAAAGGAGCAACUUUACUCUUUACAGUCGAGCUCGAGCAUCAAACAAGUCCAUACAAGAGCUUAUUUAACGCUGCCUCACUGAAUCGCCCUCUGCAAAAGAACUGGUAUGCAUUCAGAAGCAUGGCAACACAUAAGAAAGCAAGACAACCUGAUUGGGAAGCCACUGCGCUGGAUAGAAUUAGCAACUUACCCAUUAACAUAUUACACCUCAUUCUAGAACGUUUGCCGUUGCUCGAUGCAGCAAGAACUACUACACUGUCAAAAACUUGGAGGACUCUAUGGGCAUCACAGGCUGAACUAGUUUUUGAUGAUGUAUUUUUUCAGCAUCUUGUUUCUAAGAAAGACAAACAAGCAUCUGAAGUUUCAUUAACCAUAAGUCAUAUUCUGUUGGUUCAUAGUGGAUCUAUAUGGAAGUUCCAUCUUUACAUUCCGAAAACUCUGCCCCUGCUGCAUACAGAUUUGUGGAUUAGAAACAUAUCUAACAGCGGGGUUAAGAAAUUGGAGCUUUUUAAUAAACCACCUAGUGCCUACAAAAUGCCUUCUUAUCUGUUUUCCUGUUCAGAGUUAACUGAUUUGACGCUUGAUAACUGUAUACUCAGUCCACCCCUUGGAUUUGGAGGCUUCUGUAAUCUCAUCAAUGCUAGACUCUUCGAUGUCAAAAUUGCUGCUAACAUGUCAUUCGGUGCUCAACUCGAAACACUGGAUAUGAAAUUUUGCACUGGAUUUAGGUAUUUGAGAGGCCAAUUUGGCUGUGGUAACAAUAUCAGGAAGUUGACGAUCAGUUAUUGUGUAGAUAUCGAUUGGCAGUGGUUUAAAUACACCAGGAACGUUGAAACUCUUUGUUUAAAGUCUGGAAAUUGGUUUCGAAGAGUGAUUAAUCUUGACAGCUUAGUUUGCAAGAUGCCCAAAAUCCAAGUUCUUCUCCUUAAUGGUAUUCCCAAGUCUGUGAAACCAGGUGCAUCUGUUUUUAAGAGGCUUAGAAUAAUGGAUAAGUUGAUCUUUCUACAACUUUCUGUUGGAUUUUAUGAUCUGGUUCAGACUCAGUCUGUUAUUUGCUUGCUUAGAAGCUCGCCCAAUCUGCAAAAUCUUCGUAUAAGGCUGAAACCUGAAGUAAAGUUUGUAGAUGGUACGGGAUCAUUGACAGUAAGCACGGUUGAAUAGUAUUUGCAAUCACCAGAGUUGGUUGACCUGUUUCUUGAUAAGCUGGAAACUGUGGAUAUACAGGGAACAGUGGGUUCGAGGUCUGAGCUUCACUUUAUAAAGCUUUUGCUUGCAUCUUCCCCUUCGCUUGUAUGGAUGAAGAUUUCUAAAAGAAACACGAUUCGUGAUCCUAGAGAAGAGUUGAGGAUUCUAGGAGAGGUAACGCAGCUUCCUAGAGCAUCGACAAUUGCAAGGAUAAUAUGGAACUGACUGCUAGCAGGAUUAGUGUUAGACUUUUACAGGAACAUUCUUGUGUUUAGGUUUUUAUAUGGUCUCGGUAGAGUUUGACUUUUGUAAAACAAUAUGUUGAGCGUGUGCAAUAUGUUUGAACGAGAAGCACCUAUCUGGAAACUGACACAGUUUUGUUUUUAGCUUAAGCUGCCUUAUUACCUAUUGUCAUCA